AUGGCAUUCUCUCCUACAUCUACUUCUUCACUUUCUACUUUUCAAUCUUCUAAUUCUACUCUUUUUUAUUCACCCAAAUUAUACUCCCAUCCUUUUCCUACCUCUUUCUUUUCUUUUGCUUUCUACCCAAAGAAAAGACACUCUUACACUCGUCGUUUUCGACUUUUUGCUACUGCAAAUGUGGCUCUUCAGUCUGGCAAUGGUGCUGUCGUUGCUACCCCUAAUGCUGCCACUGAGAAGCUGGACUCAUCCUCCUACGGAAGACAGUACUUCCCUUUAGGUGCUGUUGUUGGCCAGGAUGCUAUCAAAACUGCUCUUUUGCUUGGGGCUAUUGACCGUGAGAUUGGUGGGAUUGCUAUAUCUGGAAGGCGAGGAACAGCCAAGACAGUAAUGGCACGUGGGCUUCAUGCAGUUUUGCCACCCAUUGAUGUAGUCGUGGGUUCAGUAGCAAAUGCAGAUCCAGCAUGCCCUGAAGAGUGGGAAGAUGGUUUGGCUGAAGGAGUGGAAUAUGAUUCCAAUGGUAAUAUCAAGACCCAAGUUGUGAGGUCUCCUUUUGUUCAGAUUCCUCUGGGAGUUACUGAGGAUAGGCUCAUUGGAUCAGUGGAUGUUGAGGAGUCUGUGAAAACAGGAACAACUGUCUUCCAACCAGGCCUUCUUGCUGAAGCUCAUAGAGGUGUUUUAUAUGUUGAUGAAAUUAAUCUCUUGGAUGAGGGUAUAAGUAAUUUGCUUCUUAAUGUGUUGACGGAAGGAGUUAAUAUUGUGGAAAGAGAGGGAAUCAGCUUUAGGCAUCCUUGCAAGCCCCUUUUGAUUGCUACUUAUAACCCAGAAGAGGGUGCUGUUCGUGAACACUUAUUAGAUCGCAUUGCUAUUAAUCUGAGCGCAGAUCUUCCAAUGAAUUUUGAAGAUCGUGUUGCUGCCGUUGGAAUUGCAACGCAAUUUCAGGAACAUAGUGAUGAAGUAUUUAAAAUGGUUGAGGAAGAGACCGAAUAUGCAAAGACCCAGAUCAUUUUGGCAAGGGAGUAUCUGAAGGAUGUUACUAUUGGCAGGGAGCAAUUGAAGUACCUCGUUUUGGAAGCCCUUCGAGGUGGUUGCCAGGGACACAGAGCUGAACUAUAUGCUGCCCGUGUUGCAAAAUGCCUGACUGCUUUAGAAGGACGUGAAAAAGUGACCGUGGAUGACCUUAAAAAAGCUGUAGAACUAGUUAUUCUUCCUCGUUCAAUCAUCAAUGAGAACCCACCUGAGCAGCAAGACCAACAGCCUCCGCCUCCUCCGCCUCCUCAAAAUCAAGAUCCUGGGGAUGAGCAGAAUGAGGAGGAAGAUCAAGAGGAGGACAAUGAAGAGAAUGAGCAACAGCAGGAACAAAUACCUGAAGAAUUCAUAUUUGAUGCGGAAGGAGGGUUGGUUGAUGAGAAACUUCUCUUCUUUGCACAACAAGCACAGAGACGCCGAGGGAAGGCUGGGAGAGCAAAGAAUGUGAUAUUUUCUGAGGAUAGAGGUCGAUAUAUUAAACCCAUGCUCCCGAAGGGUCCUGUAAAGAGAUUAGCAGUGGAUGCAACCCUCAGGGCAGCUGCUCCAUAUCAAAAAUUGCGUAAAGAGAAGGAUACUCAAAAGAGUAGGAAGGUUUAUGUUGAGAAAACUGACAUGAGGGCAAAAAGAAUGGCAAGAAAAGCCGGAGCACUGGUAAUUUUUGUGGUUGAUGCUAGUGGCAGCAUGGCAUUGAAUCGAAUGCAAAAUGCAAAAGGUGCAGCUCUAAAGUUGCUUGCUGAGAGUUAUACAAGCAGGGAUCAGGUUGCUAUUAUUCCUUUCCGUGGAGAUGCUGCUGAAGUUCUUUUGCCUCCUUCCAGAUCAAUUUCAAUGGCAAGAAAGCGUCUCGAAAGGCUUCCAUGUGGUGGUGGUUCUCCCUUAGCUCACGGCCUAACGACUGCUGUCAGGGUUGGGAUAAAUGCAGAAAAGAGUGGUGAUGUUGGACGCAUAAUGAUUGUUGCAAUAACUGAUGGCAGAGCCAAUAUAUCACUGAAAAGGUCCAAUGAUCCCGAAGCUGCUGGUCCUGAUGCUCCAAGACCUUCGGCACAAGAAUUGAAGGAUGAGAUUCUUGAAGUGGCUGGGAAAAUAUUCAAGGCAGGGAUGUCUCUCCUUUUGAUUGACACAGAAAACAAGUUUGUUUCAACCGGUUUUGCUAAGGAAAUUGCUAGAGUUGCUCAAGGGAAAUACUAUUACUUGCCGAACGCAUCAGAUGCAAAGAAACAAUUGUCAGAAUUCGAUGAGCUCAACAAAGAUCAAGAAGUCAAGUUUUUGAAUUAUAUCUCUGUGGCUGAAGAGAUGAUUCAACACUUGAAAGAUGAAAAUGACAGGUUGCGUAAACAAGCCAAUGAUUUGAGAAGCGAAGUUGCUUCAAUCAGGCAUGCAUUCCCGACCGUCCUUUCUAAGUCCACCAAGGACGAACAAUGUGCGGAGUACCAGAAGUUGUUGAUGGAAGAGAACCAGAAAAAUAAAAUGCUCAAUGAAGAAGUUGAGAAGCUUCAAAGGCAGCUUCAAUAUGGACUUUCCUGCUAUUCUAAGGAUGGAAACAGUGUACAGCUGAAUAUGUUUGCAACUGCACAAGUUACACCAGAAGAGAUAUCCACUGACUCAACAAGAAGUAGGGUGAGAAAACGUAGCCGAGAAGUUAGGGAGAGAAUAGAAGAAGACAUUACCCAUGGUUGUAAUGAUAUAGAAGGAGAAUCUGCAAAGCGCUCAUCUAAGGGAACUGUUUCCUGUGGGGAUCUUCCAAAUGAUCAGCAGCUAGAAUCUUGUGAAAGAACUGCAUACAGAUCAGAUGGUGGCAUUGUAGCCGACGGUGGCCCUGCCAACGUUCAGUUUCAAGCCCUUCUCGAAUACCUAGUAGGCAUGAAAUUGUCUGCUGUUAAUCAAACUGAUGAAGUUUGCAUUUCAGCUUUGCAUCAAUCAAGUGUUAUCAUUCGCAAAUUUGAGUUUCCUUCCCGUAGGUUAUAUGAUCUGUUUGGAUAUUGGCUAGCUGGUGGUUGUAAUUCUUCUUUGCAAAAUCUUAUUGGAUCAUCUGUUGUUCUGAUGGCUGCAGCUUUGAUGUUUGUUUCUCUUACAGGUUACUCAUUCACUCUAACAUGGGUGAAGAAGGAAGCUGAAGAGGAACCGGAGCUGUUAUAUCGUGUGUUAACACUAGGGACGUUUGAGAGGAUAGCGCCAGAGUGGAUGCGAUCAGUGUUGAUGUUCAGCAUGAGAAUGUGGCCAAUCUUCUUUGAAAGAGUAGCCUGUGUGAUCAAGCUGCAUCGCUGA